AUGCGUGCUAACUAUCAGUUGCGUUGCAGAUGUCCUGCGCUUGCUCAGAGCAGAUACCUGUGUUGCCCCACCCCCUGGUUUCCUGCAAUGGUUGUAGUGGCACGUGCUGCUUUUCCCUGUUUUCCACUUUUCUAUGGCACAUGCGCAGAUGCCCCACAUUGGGAAAUGGCUGCGGAGCUGGAGCCUUUGAUGGCGGAGUGGCUGGGACCUGAGGAGGCUGAGGAUGCCGGAGGGCAGGCCACAUCGUUGAGUAAGACUGAAGACUUGCUGGAGACAGUAAAAAAGCUGCAGAAAGAGGGAAGCCUGGAACCCCAGAUUGAGGACCUGAUUCAUCGAAUUAAUGAGCUGCAGCAAGCCCCUUCUUCCUUUUUUGGUCCAGCGAAGAAGAGAUCCAUUGAAGAGCUGGGAGAGGCUCAAGCUCUCCAGGAGGCCAUGCAUCGGGAACUAGAUUCCUUGAAUGAAGAGAAAGGACACCUAGAGGAGGUCCUGUGCAAAAAAAAAGAGGCUCUGAUGCUUCUCCAGAAGCAUUGCCAGGAGAGGGAAAGUGAGACUCAGUGGUUGAAUGCUAAAGAGCAACUGGAGGAUCUGACAAGUCAGCGCAAGGACCUCUGGGAGUUCCAUGUCCUGCAGCAUCGCCUGACCCAGGAGAUCAGCACAAUGGAAUGCAGCAAAGAGCAGCUGCUGCUGGAGAGGACUUUGCUGCGUACCCGGCUGCAGGAAGUGGAGAAGCGGCUGCAGACAGCCAGGGAGGCCCAGAACACCCCUGAGAACUGUGGGCUGAAGUCAGAGCUGAAUAAAUGUGGGGGGCAGUCACAGAGCAUCACGGAAACCCAGAACAACAGGGGAGAGGCUGGCCAAGAGGAGCAGCAUCAUUUGGAGCCAUUGGAAGAGCUGCCAGGGACAAGAAUGCCCUUGCUAGGCCACGAGGACCCACCAGUGCUCACAUCCCUUUAAGGCCUACCAAAAAAUAAAGAUGAUUCCUGGAGUCCACUGAGUCUGUGCAUGUGAAGUUGCUGGAAGGAAGAGGCCCCAGCCAUGUGGUGGGCAGGUAUCCAGGGCAUCUCUGGGUACAACAUCAGCUGGACUUCACUCAUCAGCCAUAGGCAUACAGCAAAUACUCAAUAAAUGCUCCUGAGCAGCCCAGUGAAUGAACGUCAGAUAAUGAGGGUUCACGCCCAGGGGUACAGAAGUAUCAACUCAUCAACAGAGAUCCAAGCCGGCACUCCUGUGGUCCAGAGAAGUCACAGCUCCUCCGCCCCCCAGGUAUUAUUGUUCCCUGCAGGGUCCUUGACAUCUCAGACCGGUUCUUCUCUCCUGUGGUCCCUCUCACAGCUGGGUUCUUGUCCCAAAGAGGCCUUUCAUUGCUGUCCAGACCUCCAGGCCAACAUCCCAUCAGAGCAAGCCUUCAUCUGGAGUGCCCACAGCACUGGGUCUCCUGGAGACUUUGGCAGUCACCACAGUGCUGUUAAUACAGAUUAGAACUGAGGUAGAAAGAAACCAACUGUGAAGACUAGGAAAGGAUCCAGUGGAGGCUGGUCAGGGAAGUGCUCAGAGCAUAGCCCCGGCAGGCAGCCACUGGACAGGAUGAGGCUGGGAAAGUGGGUUUCCUUAGAAGCAGGGCAGGGAUAUAGUAGUUAUUUUUUGUUGCUGUGAUAAAAGACCAUGACUAAAGCAAUUUAUAGAAGAAACAGAUUAUUUGGCCUUACCAUUCCAGAGGGCUAGAGUCCAUAAGGCAGGGACUGAGUGGCAGCAGGUAGCUUGAGCAGGAAGCUGAGAGAUCACAUUUCUACUCAUAUGCAGGAAGCAGAGAACGCAAGUGUGACCAGGAUAUGUGUGGGGCCCCAAUUUGCUCAGGGUCAGAGAAUCUGGGCUUGCUUUACCUGUUGCUGGAGUCCGAAGUCUCUGCUGGUAUCGUCAUCUUAGACCCAUUCAAAAAGGCCAUUCCAUCUUUAUCAUCCUCUGUUCUUUUACUGGGAGGUGUAGCAGCCAUAAGGAGGAGAAGGAUUGCUAUAAUUAUUCCAGCUAUUUGCUUAGUGGAAUGCUGAUUCGGAGCUGCAUAGAGUUAAGCUCUGAACCUCACAUAUUAUUAAGAAGGGGGAACUGUGGAGGUCCAACUUACUCGGGGUCAGAGAAUCUGGGCUUGCUUUACCCAGCAGGGCUGCAUAAGGAGAUGAUUUGGCCAUGGGCUUCUUUAUCAGGUGUUUGGAAGGGUCUAUACUUGGCUGUACAGUGUGCUUU